CAGAAGGAGAAGCAGCUCCCAGGCAGAUCAGGUGGGGGAAAGCGGGGCUCUCUGGAGUGCAUGGGCAGGGAGCGUCCUCCUUCUCCUGAGACAUCGCACCUGGGGCUGGCACCUCGCUGGGCCACAGAGACAACGGCAGCUUCACCUGCAUCCCAGGCCACCUCCACGAGUCCGUGAUGGGGAAACACAACAGUAAGCUGGCCCCCGAGAUGCUGGACGACCUGGUGAGAAGCACAGAGUUCAGUGAGCAGGAGCUAAAGCAGUGGUACAAGGGCUUCCUGAAGGACUGUCCCACCGGCAUCCUCAACCUGGAUGAAUUCCAGCAGCUCUACAUCAAGUUUUUCCCAUAUGGAGAUGCUUCCAAGUUUGCCCAGCACGCCUUCCGCACAUUUGAUAAGAACGGGGAUGGGACGAUCGACUUCCGGGAGUUCAUCUGUGCCCUGUCCGUCACCUCCAGGGGAAGCUUUGAGCAGAAGCUGAACUGGGCCUUUGAGAUGUACGACCUAGACGGAGACGGGAAGAUAACUCGCUUGGAGAUGCUAGAAAUAAUUGAGGCCAUUUACAAGAUGGUGGGGACGGUCAUCAUGAUGAGAAUGAACCAGGACGGGCUGACGCCCCAGCAGCGGGUUGACAAGAUCUUCACCAAGAUGGACAAGGACAAGGACGACCAGAUCACCCUGGAGGAGUUCAAGGAAGCUGCCAAGAGCGACCCCUCUAUUGUCCUCCUCCUGCAGUGUGACAUGCAGAAAUAGAGGUUUCCCCGCAGACUCCAGCUGGACUGCCCGAGGCCGCGUGCCCCAGCAUACCGGUUCCCACCCUCCCUGCCACCUUGCACCCAGCCCCUGCUUCCCAGAGCUGUGCACUCAGCUGCCUGGGGCAGAGUUCGUUCUGCUUGCAGCCUUCCACUUCCUAACCUCUACAUCCCACUCCCUGAGCGCCCCCGAAGGGACUGCCUGAGCCACGUGCCAUGUUAGAACCCUCUGAACAACUCCCACCCACCCCCUCUAACCUCACAGCCCAUCCCUUAUGGAUGCAUCCUGGGAUCGCGCUGCCAGGAGGGCAUCUGCUCUUCUUUCUCCGCCUAGCCCCCAAUACCAGCUUAAGCCUCCUCAGUACUUAAAUCCCCAGACCCCUGAAGUGGCCUGUCCAAGGCAGUGUUCACCCCAUAACUGACAUCAAGCCUUCUGGCUCCCCCAAAAUGCUGCUUUCUCAUCCCUAGUUCGCUGGUUUCAAACAGCCCAGCUGGGGUUGUAUGAACUGGAAUCCCUGCCCCCCCCCCCCAUUAAACCUGAUUCCUGGUGAUGCCCCAAACUAGCCUGUUGCCGUACUCCUUGCUGCCAGUCCUGACCGUCUCUUCCCUCCCCCACACGACGUACCCCAGACCUCCAUACCCUGGGCCCCAGUCCUUAGCCUCACAAGAGAGUUGCUGUCCUGCAGUCUCGGCCUCUCCCUUCACUGCUGUCAGCAGCCAGCGGUGGUUGCUGGGCUCCCAUAGGUGAGGCACUUGCAGCGUUGUGUGGCGUUUAGAAAGAACGGAUUCUGCUGCCUCCUACCAUAUGGUGCAGCUGUAAAACCCCAGAGUGCCGCGUUCUGUCUGGCUAACGAGGAGCAUUGCGGAGCCAGCAGCUUUGGGGUUCAGAUGCGUUUUCAUGCACCCCUCUUUUCAUCUUGAAAUUAAUCUAUAUUUAAACUGCCCCCUCUGCUCCCCCAGGCCAGCCAGAAAUCAAAGCAACCCUCGAAUGCAGGCCUUCUCAGUGGGCUAAGGAAGGAGCUAUUGGUGCUGUAUGCUCCCGUCAGAGGCAGCCCUGGAGUCGAGCCAUUGGACAGCUAAUCUCCAGAGUCCCUUUUCCUGUUGCCCUGGCGUGUUGGGGCUGGUCCCGUGUUCAAAUGGCUCUUGUCUGCCUGGGUCCGAGGGAGGCCAGAGCUGAGCAGACGUCUCGCUGUUAACAUGAACGCCCACUAGGACACUUAGUGCAGGUUUGUGGAAGCAAGUUCCUUGUGAUUUGGGUGCGGUGGGUUUAUCGUUAAUAGUAAGUACAGGCUUUAGUCCUCCGCUGUGGGUGGAGUACAGAGAUUCUGCCUGUUGGUGGCAUUGCUAGAGGUGGGUAUUUUCUGGCUUAAUCUCCUUGUGGCAGGAAGAGUCUAGGCCCGUCUAGCUUAGCUGGAAGAGACUGACUUGAUUUGUUUUGAGUCCUGGGUGUCUCAUCUGCUCCCAAGCGCAGCAGGGCGGAGGGACAACCCGCAGCGCAGGACAGCGUCCCAUGCAUUGCUCAGCACUCGCGUGACCUUUGCAGCUGGGUAGCAGUGUUGACUCUCUGCAGCAGCAACCCAUCUGGAGAGGGUAUAAAGUGAGGGGUGGGUUGAGGGGAAAGAGAGGGGGGGCUGUCUGGAGCUGGGGGACAACAGCACAGCAGUGAUGGGGUGAAAUGUGAUGAGUCUGGGUCAGGGAUGGUGGUGGAGGGCGCGCGCACACACACGCACGCACGGAUUGUGGGAGUGACAUGGGGAGCAGCAGAACAGCUGGGAUCAGGUGGUGAUUGUGGUCUCCACGAGGACCUAUCCAACCAGGGGGGUUGCUUCACAGAGUAGGUUUGAGGGCCUGGGAGUGAUUUCAUGAGAGACAUUUUUUAACUGCAUCUCCCCUCCCCAGCCUGCCGCCUCUGCCCUUCUCCAACCCCAGGACAGUUGUUUGUUCACAGAUGUGUAUCUAGUCUGCUCAUUGUGGUUUUGAUUAUUGUAAUAACUGUUAGGAAGCCGUGGAGUUGUCUAUAUAUUUUUUUAACUGAAAAAUAAAAUGUGUCCCACAAGG